AUGCCCAAGAACGCUCUUUUAGCCUCCAUCGGCUUCAUACUCCUCUGCGUCUCUCAGCUAUUUAUCUGGUUCAUCAUCCUGCCCGGUGUCACGCAUGAUACGCCCUUCCGCCAUACGUACUACCUUCGUGCCGACACCAGCGGCAUCACAGGGGCCCGUGACGUUUCCCAGUGGACUUACUUCUUUAUCUGCGGCCCCGACAACAGAGACUGCGGUCCUUCUCAUCCUGCUAUUCCUUUCGGCUUUGCCUGGGACAGCAAUGCGCGGAAUGUGCCGCCGGGACUUGGUGGUAGCCAUGGCAGUCACACGACGUCGUUCCAUUACUUCUACAUGUGGCGCUUUGGAUGGGUGUUUUUGCUCAUGACACUCUUCUUUGAGGUGCUGGCCUUCUUCACUUCGAUACUAGCUUGCUGCGGCCGUCUAGGUGCAGCGCUGGCCUUUGUCGUUUCCGCCAUUGCUCUCUUCUUCUAUACGCUCGCCGUAUCUAUCAUCACUGCCACAUUCUGCGAAGCCCGCAACCGUUUCCACGACGUUGGCCGCUCUGCCAAGAUUGGGCCGUGGGCUUUCGGCUUCCUGUGGGGUUCGUAUGUGGCACUUCUCAUUGCUGUCAUUCUUUUCGCGCUGGGCAUACGUUCGAAUCCCACCUUUGACUUUAAACGCCGGCAGAGCUCUCGCGAACCUACCGGAAGCCGAGGGCGCUCCUACGAUGGUCGCCGAGUCAAGGAAGAGUAUUCGUAA